UACUUCCUGUCUUCUGAUUGGUUGGUGAUGAUGCGGACGUCGCUAUCCAAGAUGGCGGCUACCAUGGUGGAACAUGUUGUCGUAGACGCAGGAGGAUUUUUGAAGAAAGCACUUCUUCAGGACAUUGGGAAGAAUAUCUACACGCUGAAGGAUGUAGUAGAGGAAAUUAGAGACAAGCCAACCCGGAGGAGCCUGUCAUUCCUACCAUAUCAACUCAACUUCAGAGAGCCGUACCCAGAGGACAUCAGAUUAGUGACUGAGUUCUCCAAGAAGACGGGAGACUACCCCAGCCUUUCUGCCACAGACAUCAAGGUGUUGGCUCUGACAUACCGGUUGGAGAGGGAAAACGUUGGGACGGACCACCUGAAGAAAGAACCUGAGGUCAAGGUCCAGGUGUGCAGUACAAGGAGACAUCCAGAGGCUCCCGUUGGCGUGGCAGGGUUCCACUUCCCCUCAAAGAGGCCAGCUGAUGGGCUGUUCAGUGGCAGACAGAGGCCAGCAGCACAGACACAGCACAGCUAUAACCCUCCAGAGAUCGGAGAGUACAACAGCUUCCAGUUCUGGAGGAAUCCUCUGCCCUGCUUCGACACUGACCUGCUGCAACUAGUGAACAUUGAGGACCUGUCAAUAUCAGACACCGUCCACACAGAACCUGAGAGCGGGUCAGAGGAACACAAACACUCAAAGAAUCAUUCAGAGGAGCACGGCAGUGGAUCGGAGGAGGAAGAUGAGGAGGAGGAGGAGGAUGGCGGUGGUUGGAUCACCCCUAGCAACAUUAAACAGGUCCAGAUGGAGACGGGGAUCUGGGCGUCGCCUGUGGACGUUAAGGUGGCGUGUCUCACCACCGACUUCGCUAUGCAGAACGUCCUGAUUCAGAUCGGGCUCCAUGUCCUCUCUGUGAAUGGGAUGCUCAUCAAACAGUCCAGGAAUUACAUCCUGCGAUGCCACGCCUGUUUUAAGACCACCACCAACAUGAAUAAGGUUUUCUGUCCACACUGUGGCAACAGAACGCUGAAGAAGAUAGCCGUGACUGUCAGCGAGGACGGAAACAUCCAGAUGCAUUUCUCAAAGAACCCCAAAGUGCUCAACCCCAAAGGGAAGAGGUACUCCCUGCCCCUGCCACAAGGGGGCAAACACGGCAGCAACCCCCACCUGGUGGAGGACCAGCGUUUCCCCCAGCAGCGCGUGUCCCGUAAGGCCCGCCAGAAGACGGACGUCUUUAACCCAGACUACCUGGCCGGGGGCGGCUCACCUUUCUCUGAUCACGACAUCUACAGCCGCUCUGCCAACCUGCACAUCACAGACGGCGCGGGAGGAGGGGGUCGGAGGCGGGCCAACCCCAACGCUGCCCGCAAGAAGAAAUGUUGAAGAAUCGGAAGCCAUUUUCUUCAUUUUCUACACGCCAAGUUCCGCUAUUUUGUAUAAAAUUACAAUUUUUUUUUUUUAAGGUAAACUUAAUGUCAUACAGUAACUAAACUACCAAGUUUGUAAAAGCCUGACGGUAAUUUGCACUUUCAAGGCUUGUGUCUAACCUGCUCUGACAUUUGAUUGGUCUAAUUAAAAACACAGUUCAAGACGC